ACUUGCUUGAAAUUUCCUAAAACCUUUUCAACUAUCCAUUUUGUGCAGUCUCUGCAAUCAUUUCAUUUUUUCCCUUGAAAUAACAUCUCUUCGAGGUAGUCAUCAAACGGUUCAAGUGUAAACUUAUUAUUCCACAUUUGCAUGCGCGUUUGUCAGAGUCAGAGCAUUUCGACCUCUAAUAUCUAGCAAAAACCCAUUUCUGCAACUCUUUCUAUAAUCGUAUUCCAUGAGACUGCACCUCUAUGAGGUUUUUUACCAAAUAAUUUAAGUGCACUGUCUGUGGUAGCUUUAGUCCUUUGAGUUCAAAUGUAUUUUAAUUUUAUUUGUCGGAAUCAUAAAAAAACCGAUAGAGAAUACUGGUCUUGGGGAGGAUGAACCAAGCGAUAAUACUCAAAACCAAUGAUCAAUGAAAUGCCCGCCAACUAAAUCGGUUAAACAAUUUGGGAAUUCCUUUACCCUACAAGGUCUUUGAUCUGUUGCCUGUAAUUUGUACUGGAUGUCGAAAUUAAUCCAUGGGCAUUAGCAAUCAUCGCGAAUCCCCAUCCAAACUCUACCAAUGCUAUUGACUGCUUGAUAUGUGAUGUGUGUUGUAGAGAAAUAAUCAGCUUCAAUGGCGACGAAGGCAAAAUCUAAAGUGCCUAUCACUUUCCCAUUCACUCCCUUGUCUAAUGCUCUAUCCUGCCAUGUAAUAAUUGUCACACUCCUUCCUUGUCCUAUAAAACUUAUGUAUGACUCAUGGGUGAGCACCAACACCUUCUCCCUGUAAUACAUCCUCCACAAUUACAUAAAUGUUAUCAAUGUCCUCUUGUUGAGCUAUACAUACUAUAAAAUAGAAUAUCAAACCUGUAAGUGCCUGCCUAGAUGAAAAUAUUCACUACUUGUCUAUUAUUUUGUGGAACCAUAUCCACUGCAGCUUGUACGCUAUAAGUAUCACCACUGCCAUCCUUGGCAACAUAUAUUUCCUUUUUAUAUGGCUUGGCUUCCACAUCUCUUACCUCAGAAAACCCAGACCUGAAAGCUCUUGGAAUUAAACCAUAAUAAUAUCUUUUAUGAAAAUCUUUAGCCCAGAGGGAAAGAAUUGUAAUCCUUUAUGAAAAUUAUUGAAACCAUUAGUUGCUGAAACAUAUGAACACAAGGUAGUGAAAACAAGUAGUGGAAUUACAGGUACAUAACUUGUUUCCAUUGUAACUAAAUCUGAAUCUAUAAUUAUAUUAUUAGACUGUGAUCAUUAAUGUGAAUCUAUGACUAUAAUAUCAGACUCUGAUUAUUUAUAUAGACUUAAACUAAAGUCAUAAGACUUCCUAACACAAUGCAUGUGUAAGCUAUUAACUACCACAUGAGGGCAGUUAGUGUGAAAUCAAAUUCUAGCAAAUUUCACUCAUAGAUCUAUAGCUGGUUAGACUUCACUGUUGUUGGUGGAUUCGUAGUCAUUUCUUGCUUGUGUGUCACUGUUCAUUUUCAAUCCCAUGGGAAUUUUUUAUCACUGUCAUUGCUUCUUUGCUUAUUUUCACUUAAAAGAAUUAUGUUUUACUAGAGAUCUCAAACCAGUAUACUUGUGGUGUUUCUUUUCAGGAUUUCUAUAUCAAGGGUCUUUUGUCGCUCACUAAAACUGAACAAACACUAUAUAACAUCUCUUAUAGGACCAUAGUUACUUAAAAUUAUACUCAUUUUUAAUACAUUCCUGAUGAUUGUGGCUAUUCAUAUCUUUUUUCGUGUUUUCUUGCACCUCUUCAAGACUGUCAGACAGUCAUGAUGCCUUCAAAACACAAUAAUGUUGCCUUUUCUAAUCUCUUAGAGUCUUGUUGCUCUGUCAUGCUACACCUUAGUAAUCCUUUAGAAAGUAAGGUUAAUCUUUCCUUUUUGUCCGCUGUCUUUGACCAAUGCUCCUACUCACUUUGUAUUGCUCAUACUAACUUUAAUAUAUUUGUCCAAGUUGGGUGUAUACCUCCAUGAUGGCUAAGAGAUCUGGGUAUUCAUGUAUCCUUUUUUGACAAUAGAUUGUGAUGUGCCUUCUUUAAAAUGUCACUACUCAUACUAUGAAAGUUAUUACUGAUCAUUUUGGUCUACCCUAGAGAUUAUCUUGUAUGCUUUAUCAAUAUUUGACGAGGCCUUUUUCUUUACACAAGCUGCACAAAUGGUUAUUUCAUCAUUGUUUGAACAGUAAAAAUUGAAAAGAAUGCUCAUGACUACUGUAUCUUUUUUUGGGCAUCAUGACUACUACAAAAUGAUUUAUUUGACCCUUAAUGAUGCAACCCUGUGACUCAUGUGACUAGACAUCCCUAAAAGUAUGGUUUUAAACUACAGACUAUCACUGAAAAAUCAACUUCAAUAUUAUGUUAUGUGUCCUUCGUUUCUUUUCAUACCCAAAUGAAUUAUCUUUGAAUCCAUGUUGCUCAUUGCUUUUUAUUAUGGGACUACCCGUGUUUUGAAUUAUUGACUGUCUUUGUUUUUGAGAAUUCUCUUGAUUUGUAAUGCUUCUUGUUGACACCAUAAAACUUUGUCUUCAUUCUCUGUUCUCUGUAGAUUAUCAUGAUGAUUGUCCUUUUGACCUAUGUACUGCAGAAAAACCUUGGAUGUCAUUUACUGUUACUGUACAUGCAACUUUAUGACUGGAACCAUUGAUAGCAUGAUAUCCUCGUUAUCAAGAGAUGCUCAAAUCUUGUCUUUUCUCACGUCAAUAACCUUUGGUGCAUUAUGGAUGAUCUUUUGAUACCUGAUUACUAUCUUUGUAUUGACACUUUUAUCCCAUAGGUAUCUUCUAAAACCUUUGUUAGGUUUGUUAGGUUUGUCUUCACUCUUCAUGGUCUUUGACUUGCUAGUGAAGAAUGCCUUUAUUCACCGUCAAACUUGAUUGCCAUACUAAAAUAGGUUAGAACAAUGAGUUUUCUUUAUACCUCAAAACCCUUUUCAACUUAUGGAUGACAUGAAACCUUUUGGCAUUGGAUUGUAAUAUUCUGAUUUUAUUGUGUGGAUCUGCCUUACAUGCUUUAUCUUCAAUAUUGUCCAUGAACAUAUUAUCAAAAUCUAUGAUUGAGAUUGUGCUUUUAAGAAUGCUCUAACCUCAAAAAUCUUAAUGUCUUGAUGGCUGCUACCAUUUGACAUUGAUCUAUACUUCUAACUGACGCCUUAGGACUGAUAUUUCUUUGUGGGCACUGUUGUAGCUUUUUAUACUUUUGAUAGCGAAUAUCAUCAACUCAUUGUGUACUUCUUAUGAGCUCAUGAAAGGCCUUUUGCCCUUGUUUAUUGCUCAAACUUAAGGAGCUUGAUGAUCAUUGAUCAUGGAUGCAUGAACCCUUUUGAUUGUAGUGCUUCACUUUUGUGUGACAUUUAUACCAUGAAUUCCAUCAAAAAGUUCGUAACCUUAAAUCUCUAUCACUGUAUUUUAUUAUUUCAUUAUGAUGUGUAUCCUGCUACCAUGCUCUAUAUUUUGGAUUCUUGAUAUUCAUAUGGGUUAUCACAACUAUCUUUUGUAUCUCAUUGUCUUUAUGCCCCGUGGUUUGUCAUUUAGGCUCAGAUUGAGACUGUCUUUGUCCUCUUUAUCUCUGAUUAGACACUAUAUCAUUGUCAUGUAAUCUCAUUAGGGAUUUUUUACUAUUAUGUAUCACCAAACACUAGUUGCUACUAUUAAAUUUGUAAGGGCUUCUCUUUUGAUGCAAUAUACUGUGAUCUAUGUCUCUUCACUUGAAGCUCUUUCAAUUGUCUUCACUGGACUGAGAUAUCUAAGAAAUGUCCUGAGGAAGACUGUGACUUUUAUUUUUGCCACUGCUCUGUGAUAAUACUGCAACAGUGAGGUUUCUCUAGGAGAUCCUUGAAACUCAUGUAGCUACUUCAAAAUCCCUAAAGACUGCUAUAUGCCUUCUUGUCUAUUCCAACAGAAUGAUACCAUAACAUCUUUAUGGCCUUUUAUGAUUUGAUUCCCUUUGGUAUUGAAGGCUGAUUUGCCCCAUUUAUUAGGUAUGUAUUGAUUGUAUUAGGGGAUUAUAUUCUUCUUGGACUACUACUAUUUUAAUCCUUUCUCUUCUUUGGGAGUGAAUGCAAAAGACUGUAUCUCUACUCCUCUUCUCACUGACUUAUCAUGACUGCAAUUAUGAUGCAUUCACUGCCUUUCUUUUCUAUUUAUUGUGUCUUUCUUCUAACUGUGAUUCACUAACUCAGACCUUCGGUGAUAUCCACUUACCAUGCACUAUAACUCUGUUGUUGAACCUUUUACUAUUAAAUCUAAUAUUUACUUAGAUUGCUUAUUGCUUAAAACUCUGUCAAAACUGUGUCUUUAACAGUCUUUAGAUCUACUCUUGGUCUUUGAUGCCCUUGUUCUGCAAUAUGAAGAUCUAAACAUAUACUUUUCAUUGGUAGUCUCAUGAGCUUGAUAUCUGCUCUUUGGAUAGUAAAUGGUUGUUCCUAUGAGUCCGCACUGUUAUUCUUUUCAUACAGUUAUGUCUCUUUAACCAUAUGAUCUUUUGAUGUUCUAAGAUCUUCUCAAGUCAAAAUAUCUUCAAGCCUUCAUCAGAUUGUGUUCUCUGAUUUGUAAGGUUUGUUUGAUAGAAAUGAUGAGGUUUGACAAAAAAGUGAUCUCUGUUUGGUGACUGUGGCUUAUGAUCUAUAGCCCUUUGAUUUUUCAAACAAGGUAAAAUAUUAUUACUGCAUCAUUAUCUUCCUUUCUUUGUUCAUCAUCAUUGAUGGCAUUCUAUAAGACUGCAUCAUGAACCUUCUCUUUGAUGGAUGAUCUCUGUCAAGACUUUGGAUCAUUUAGCAUUCAUCCUUUAAUACCUUGUCUUGAAUCCUUCAAUUGUGCUUUUCCUCACACAGAACUAUAAUGAACUGUAAUCUUGACACUGGCUUUGAAGGUUUUCAAUGCCUAUUCACGAGCAUGCAUCUUUGUGAAAUAUUCUUUCAACUAUAUUUAUCAAUCUUCUCUUAACAGUGGCUGUCUUGUUAUUGCUAUAUGUUCUACCAUAAAUUCCUUGACCGCCAUAGAAAGAGAGACCUCCUAUGAUUGUAACUUUGCUUCAUACUUCUCAUGUCAUCACGCAUGACUUUCCUUCGUAUUUCAUGUGGAUCUAAUACUUGAAAAAAAUAGGAAACUUGAAGGACUUUAAGCUCUAUUACCAACUGUUAACAAAGCUUCUUCUUUUUAGCAUUUACAAACAAAUUCCAAUAAAACUGAAGAUCUAUAAUCUCUUUUAAAAAUUAUUAAAUAUUUUAAUCCAUUUCUUUAUGAAGCUUAUCCAUUUACUUAUGCAACUCAUCUCUUUUCUUUCCUGAUGUAUCAAUUUCCCCACGAACAAAUAUACAAAUUUCCCCAACAGUGUUACUAGCAACACAAACAACAUAUGUUGCACAAAGGGUUCACGAUACACCCAUGCAUUCUUAAAUCUCAUUCGUCAUAAAUUUAUAAUUUCCAAAAUGUGUUUGUCUUAUGGAGUAUGACAUCAGAUAUUUUAAAAUGCUAACUUUUUAACUACCCCUAAUGUGUAAGAAAAUAUGUAUCAUAUUCUCUGACAACUAAAUAUUUUAUUUUGGAAUAAUUUACACAUAGUUGAUUACUGGUGUUAAAUUAGCUUAAUUUUAUCUGUAGUCUUUGUAAAUCGUGUUGAUGUGUGUGCUUGGGUAAAGGAAUUGGUUUACUUAUGUGUCAUAUAAUCAUUACUUCGACUGUCUGACAAAGAUAUAAUAGGCGUUCUCUGUAUUUUCUCUAUAUUUUGCUACUCAUUCUCUAAUUAAAUUGAAGUCCACGUGUUUUAGGUUAUUCUACCUCAACAAUUCUACUAGGCUAUUUUUCUAGUGUUUAUACGAAAUGGCUGACUAGGUAUUUAUGUUUUUUUUUAACUUGUAGUAUCAUUUUAAUGAAAUGAAACACUGAUGAAAGAUUAUAUGUUUUAGAGUAGUGUUAUCACUAAGGUUUUCACCCCUCUUGGCUACAACUCUCCUACUAUCUCAGGUCCAUUCCUUGUGUUUGGACUCAUCAUUUCCAUUUGGAACUAAGUAAUGCAUCUAUUUAGCUAUGCAUAUGACUGCCCCCUUUGAUGCUUGAGAAUGAAUGCUAUGACUGCUACUAUCUUCCUUGAAGAUUAUGGAUUGUCAUUUUGCCUAAGGUUUGCUCAUGAUUUGUUGUGUGACUUGGGACCCCUUAAUAGUUGUUAUAGCUUGUGAUUAGACCUCUGAAUGACACUCAAACUUCUGUUGUGAUUUGUUCGACCUCUGAUUAGACCUUACUCUUUCAGGUCUUAAGGAUACUCUGAGGACUUUAUGGCUGAAACAAUGUAACCUAAUCACCAAUAUCACUAUCUUGUGAUUUUUCAUAAGCUUCAUUUGGCAAUAAAAUGCCCUUCUAGGUCUGCAACUCUAAAAAAAAAUCUUGCGUCCACUACACUAUUGAUAUCUCAACGGCAUCCAAUGUUUCCUUUGUAUUCUGAAAGUUGCACCCUUGGCAUUCACUGUCUUUUGACUAAUAUUUACUGCUUUUUGAUCCUCAUUAGGACUAUCAUUUUGAUACAUGACUUGAUUCAUUAGAUUUGUGUUAAAGCUGCGAUCUAGUCUUCAUCUUUCACAUUAUGGAUAGAGACUGGAUUUGACCAUUAUGUUCUCAAGGUUCCCAUUGAUCUUUUGUUUAUUGCCAACUUGAUUUCUAUCAUUGUCUCAGGGUUAUUAUAUUACUCCUAAUUCUUUUUUUCAGCACCUUACAAAGACCGUGAUGGAAUAUGAUAAACUAAUGGAGUGGACAUCAGGUGUGAAUCAAACAUGGGGCAUAUAACAUAGAAACAUAUGCAAAUGUACACAUACAAAUUUAACAAGAUGAUAGGAAUUUUUGUUUAUAUAAACAUAAUGUUUAGAAGGAGGAUACGACGAGGUCUACUUUAGAGUCUCACUACCCAAGCCCAAGAGAGGUUAUUUCCACUUUUGUGUAUCUCACCUUAAAGCCAUGUUUCCAAAGUUUCAAAUUUAUUAAGCUAUAACAUAUCAUGCACCUAAGAGACAUCUUCUUUUCAAAAAGAAGAAACGCUUGAAGUAAAAUUUAUACUCUUAUUGCUAAUAGUAAAUGGUGCAUUUAGGGAAAUAACACAUCAUCAUCAUCUGAAUAUUCAGAUGAACGAGAAGCAAGACCUGCUCCAAGGACAGAUGAAUACUUCAAUGAAAUGGUAUAUUGCACUUGCAAUAGGUGCCAAAAUAGGAAACUAAAGAAGCAACGACUUGUUGGUAUCCAUAGAUUGAACCAUGGGGUUUAUAUAGAAGAGGUACACUAUAAUUAAUAAAUUAUUAUUAUUUAAAUAAAUAAAGGUGCACAUUAUUCAAUAUAUUAUUAUUGAUCAUUUCAAUUGGUUUUCUGAUAAAAAGUCGCUUCCAGUUCACAAUAAUCCUGAAGAACCAACAUAUGUCACCGAUGAUAGCCACUCUCAAGAUGAAGAACAAGACACAGUUAUGGACGAAGACACUUCGCAGAUAAAUGAGGCUGGUGUCAAUGAAUUCAUCCAAGAUUUCUACACAUCUUUUGAAGAAGUUAUUGAUUCCCCGUAGCUUAGUUGGCUAGGACACCUGUUUUCCCAAAUGAAGAUACUUUUAUAUUGGCAAAACUUAUGUUGUUGUUGAACUUGAAGGUUACACAUGGAUUGACAAAUACAUGCUUUACUAGUAUAUUAAGGUAGGAUUCAAUUUUCCUAUAAAUUAAUGCUCUCGAUGUCUUAAAUUUUUUUUAAUAAUGUGUAUACUUAUCUUAUAAAAAACAUGUGUUGCAUCAUGUAGGCUUUUGGCAAACAAAAUACUUCCAAAGGACAAUAAGUUGCCUCAUUCUCAUAGAGAAGUAUCUUCAGUAAUGAAAGACAUUGAAAUGGAGUACAAUACAUAUGAUGCAUGUCUAAAUGACCAUAUAUUGUACUAUGGAAGGGAUGAAAAUUUGCAGCAAUGCCUAGUGUGUCACACAAGUAGAUAUCGUCAAGAUCAAGUAUUUAAGAAGGUUCCUUAUAAAGUACUAUGACACAUUCCACUAAAGCCAAGGUUCGAGAGGAUGUUCAAAUGCAAGGAGUUGGAAAAAUAUAUGGAUUAUCAUGCACAUGGGAGGAGCCAAGAUGGUGUCAUGUGUAUGGCCACAGAUAGCAAAUAUUGGAAAGAGAUUGAGGAAAAAUGGCCACAUUUAAGAAAUGAGCCAAGGAAUGCAAGAAUUUCUUUGGCAAUGGAUGGUGUAAAUCCUUUUCAAGAUAUUAGAACAACAUAUUCUAUUUGGCCAAUUUUAAUUAUUAACAACAAUCUUCCCCCCUAGACGGCAAUGAAAAAGGAGCAUGCAAUGUUAACUCUUAUCAUACCAGGUACUAGAAUAUAUGAAUGCAGUGAUUUCUUGAAUAUUAUAUUAAAAUAUUUCAAUUCAGUUAAACCUUGAUAAAAAACUUCUUGUUUACUUAGGGAAGUAUCAGGUAAAGGAUAUGGAUGUAUACAUGGAGCCCCUCAUUGAUGAGAUUCAUGAAUUGUGGGAUGGUGUAAAUAUGCUUGAUGUAUCAAGACCUAUCAAUGAUAGAAACUUCCUCUUUCAAACGAUGCUUAUCUGGAUAAUUCAUGAUGCCCGGAGGCUCUUUAUUUGUUGUGGUAAUAUAUCGUAAAUUACAUUUGUAAUUAUAGUGUCCAUUGUACCAUUUAGUAAAUGUGGUUUGCAUUCUUAUUUCAGGGCUACAAACAAAGGGGAAACAUGGUUGUCCAUCAUGUGGGCCAAAAAUGUUUUAUAGGCAAUCAAAGGAUCUCAAUAAAAUUGUAUAUGAUGAGUAUAGACAAUUCUUACCACAAAAUCAUCGCUAUAGAGUAUGUGAGAAAUUUAAGUUCAAUGGAAAGGAAGUGGAAAUGAGGAAGCCAAGAAGGAUGAACCCUUCUAGGUGGAAAGCAAUGUAUGACAAAAAAGAAGGGGCAUGCUUUCCACUAGGAAUGAAAAGACUCUCUAUUUUCUACAAAUUAGACUAUUAUGAGAAUUUGCCAAUAGCCCACCUAUUUGAUACUAUGCACAUCGGGAAAAAUGUGGCAGAGUGCUUGUGGAAACAUCUAAAUGGAACCAACCUUGAAGCACAAAUAAAGUUACGAAAGGACCUCCAAGUUGUUAAUGUCAUGCCCAACAUGUGGUUGCAUGAAAACAACUCAUAUAAUCAUGCUUCGUGGACUUUUACAUCAAAGGAGAAAGAAAACAUCAUUGAUACAAUGAAAAGCAUAAGAUUUCCUUCCGGCUUUGGUGCAACAUUAAAAAACGUAUUCACGAGAGAUGGAUCAAAGUUCUCGGGCCUAAAAACACAUGAUUGGCACAAUUGGAUAAAUGUAACUUUGUAGUACAUUUGAUUUGUUGGAAACAUAAUUAUAAAUUUGUAUAUCCUAGCGAUAAUAUCAGUUCAUGUAUAUUAUUAACUUUGUUAUUUGUUAAUGGUCAUGUAGUAUGUGUUGCCUGCAGCAAUACCAAGCACUUUCGACCGUGAUGUUAGGUUAGCUAUUUACAAAUUAUCCAAAUAUUUGAGGUAUUUUAAAUCGAUCAUUCAUACUCUGCCAUGACUUAAAGUUUUGAAGUGAUCAUAAGUUUUUAUUGUAAUACAUGUCAAUACUUGUAGGUGGGUCUCAUCUAAAGAGAUACAUUCGGAUGACUUGAAGUAUUGGAAGAGGAAUGUUUCACUUUUAAUGUGUGAUAUUCAAAUGUGCUUCCCUCCAAGCUUUUUUAAUUCUCAAGAGCACUACCUUGUACACCUGAUAGAAGAGAUUGAACAGUGUGGUCCUAUUCAUAUUCGAACAAUGUGGCUUGUGGAGAGAUAUAUGAAGGUUUUAAAGAAAUUUGUUAGGCAAAAGGCUCGACUGGAAGGGUCCAUGGUUGAGGGGUACAUGGUUUUCCAAGCGAUGGUUCAUUUGAGUGAGUACUUACCUCAAUUGCAUCUUGAAGCUCUGCGAUUAUGGAAUUAUAGCAAACCUAAAUCAUUUGAGGGAGAGAAAUUAGAGGGUCAAGGGACUUCAAAGAGGAUAAAAGAUGCUAAGGAGUGGGAAGCAUUACAUUUGUAUGUUGCAUACAAUUCUGACUUUUUGUUGGAAUGGAUGGAGAAGUAUGCUGAACAAAAUAAAUUAGAGGAUGAAAAGGCAUGGGCCAAUAUAUAUAAUAUUCAUGGUCAAAACACUGCUCAAGGAUUGCCUACAAGCCAUAAAAGAAAAUGGCUAGAGAGAUGCUCGUGGAAUUGGCUAAAGACCAAUAUUGAACAUGAGGCAACAAAAGAGAGGAAUAGAGUGACACAACAACAACUGAAUUUCGUGAAAGGAUCUAUAAAUGGGGAGGUAACAUAUUACAAAGGAAUGUGGAAUUUUGGUUAUCACUUUCGCAUCAAAAAGGUUGAUGAAAAGAGACAAACUUAUGAUUGUGGAGUUUCAGCAUCAUUUGAGGUGGAAUGUUGUUCACAUGCAAAUGAUAGACAACCAAUCAGAAGCACACUUCGCUAUUAUGGAGUGUUGGAGGAUAUUAUACAGCUUGAUUUUAUGUCUUUCAAGAAAGUUAUUUUCCAUGUUGAAUGGUACAAGCUUAUCAAAGUGGGUGAAGAAAAAACUAUAUUUAUGCACAGCAAUGGAUUCCAUAUGAUCAAUACAUCUAGGUUUGAAGCCACUUCUGAACCUUAUGUGUUUCCAAAUCAAUGUGACCAAAUAUUUCUCAUUCCAAAUUUAGAACAACCUGGUUGGUCAUUUGUUAUUGAUUAUGAUCCAAGAGGACGAAGAGUAACAUAUGUUGAAGACAAUGAAGAAGAUGCAGAAUUCCCCCCUGAUGAUGAAAAUAGCGUAGAUGGAGAUGAUAAAAUUUUUAUUGUCAAUGAUGCAUACGACCAGGAUGAAUAUCAUAUGAGUUUAUUGAAGUGUUGGAAGGACAUGAGCAACCACAUGAGCAUCAAGUCCAUGAAGAUGAUGAAUUUAUUGAUUUUCAUUUGCCUGUAGUUGAAGGUGAUGGAGACCAUGAAAACACUAGUAUUAAUUUAUUUGUAGAUUUAGGGCCCAUUAAUGAUGGGGUAUUUAUGCCAUCAAAUGAAGAAAUUUCAUCAGAGGAUGACAUUGUUUGAUCACCAUAAUCACUUUAAGGGGUUUUCUAUAUAUGCACAACGGCAGGGAUACUGUAGCUACACUUCUGGCAUGAUAUUUAUUAUUCAUCAACACAAUGAAUAUUAUUUUUGUUGUAAAUUUUCUAUGCACGAUGACAUUCAUUGUUCCUAUGAUCACUGCUUUUAGAGAAAUUACUGUGCUUAUUGGAUUGAAAUCAUAGAUCUCAAGGACAAAAACCUUUCUACUUCUUUGUGAAAAAUGCAUGUGACUAUCUUUGCGACUUUAGGACUAUGAUUUCCUUUAUAUUUUGCUUUUCUGUUAAUGCUUUGGAGAUGAUUGUACCUUGUCACCCUUUGAUUAUCAAAAGAACUGAGACUUAUGGCUUGUUAUUGACAUGGUGUUCACUGUUUCUUUUGUGUAUUUUCAAUAUGGCUGGCAGUGAAAUUUUUUUGUGAUGAUUUAACUGAUGUCUUUUUUUAUUUGAAUCUCUAUCUAUGAAGUCUCUUAGUUGUCUCAUGGUGUUUCUCUAACAUGAUAGCACCGCUCCUUUGAUGCAGAUAUUGUCAUGUCAUUAUUGUCUGCUCUUUUGAGAUUUUUGUGAAUUUAUAUGCAUCUUUUAUUGACUGUGAUAAUGCUCUCCUCUUUGUCUUUUUCAUUGUGAGUCCUUGAUGCAUGUGGUGUUGUGAGUGUCUUCGGGGUUGCAUACAUGCUUAUUGUAACUGUAAAUCAAUGUCAACUCAUGCUUUUAGCACUUUCCAAACCUGAUAAUGACGCAACAACACCAGUCUGAUCUCUAUGUCUUUGAUGGCUACACUAUGACUUAUAUGGUUCUUAGUUUGAUCUCUAUGAAUGCUAUCUUAGUUCAUACAACUGUCUUGGCUUUAAUGUAGUCUUCUCCUUAUGUAAUUGAGACACUCUUUGCUGAUGAUCAGUUCACUAUCACAGGUUUGCAACAAAUCUUUCUAUAAGUAUAUAUUAACUGGACCCACUAUGGUUUUAUGACUGUCAUAUUUCCUUAUGGCUGCAACAUCAAUAUUUUCUUAUUUUUAUAUCAUUUUAUGUUUU